CCUGGGGGGGUCAGCCCCGCCAUGGUGGCCUCAAACACACACACACUCACCGGUGUGUCGGUCUGACUGAGGACACCGAUGGGCAUGAGCAACGGGUGGACCGACUGCGUCAUCUCUGCCGCGAGACACCGGUGACCGGAGUCGGCUCCCUGCGGGAUAAGCCUGGUCCUGUCCUUACCGAGGUCGUCAAGGCGACAGGCCGUGGCACAGCAGACACAAGUUUUCUGAAGACUGGCUUUGUAGACCACGUACGCAACGUCGCCACAAUGAAUGAGAGACAGGCUCUCCACUCCAUAAUGAAGGACCUGGUUGCCCUUCAGAUGACGCGGCGCCAGCCUGUGUUGUCAUAUGACAACAGCAAACCCAAGACACCGGCUCAGACCAACAGACAGGACGAUGUCAGGAUAAAGUUUGAGUUCUCGGGAGAGAGAAGGAUCCUGAUGUUCGGGCGGCCUGUGCAGUUCGAGGAAAUCCAGCAGAAAGUUAAGAGUGUCUUUGGGCAGCAGUUAGACCUGCAUUAUAUGAACAACGAGUUGUCCAUCCCUCUGCGAGGUCAGGACGACCUGGACAAGGCGAUCGACCUGCUGGACCGAAGCUCCAACAUGAAGAGUAUCAGGAUCCUGCUGCUCACUCAGGAGCACAGCAAUGCCUCCUCCCCCUCCCACCAUGCGCCAUGUAAACAGGUGAGGAUCAAGUCCUCCCAGUCCACAGGAGACGUCAGCACGGUGUACCAAGCCGCUGAGCCCAGAGGGCGCCACCUAUCAACCGGUUCUCAGAACACGGGGCGUAGCUCACCGCCUCCUGGCUAUGUGCCUGAGCGCCAGCAGAGGAUCGCCCGCCAAGGCUCUUACACCAGCAUAAACAGUGAGGGGGAGUUCAUCCCUGAGACCAGCGAUCAGUGUGUGCUGGAUCCCUGGAGCAGUGCAGAGAACUCAGUCUCUGGAAGUUGUCAGUCUCUGGACAGCAACUCAGACAGCCCCUCGCUGAGGAAGUCUCGCAUGCACAGAGCCAAAAGUUACCCUGAUAACCGUCAGGAGUGCUCAGACAGGGAGAAUCAUGUGUAUGACAGGGUAGCGGGAAAGGGAGGCACCUAUCCUCGUAGGUACCAUGUCUCCCUGCAUCAUAAGGACCACAGUGAAGGGCGUCGAACAUUUCCACGGAUCCGUCGCCCCCAGGGAAACCUGUUCACCCUCGUGCCUUCACGCCGGUCACUCAAUGGCAGCGAGGAGAGUCUGGGCAGCUGGCAGCUAGUCGACGCCCAGGGCAGGCUCCGCCCUCAGGAUCGCUCUGUUGCCCAUAAGUCUCCCAGCGCUCCAGUGACGUGGCGGCGCGGGAAGCUCCUGGGCCAGGGAGCGUUUGGACGGGUUUACCUGUGUUACGAUGUCGACACUGGGAGAGAGCUGGCUGCCAAGCAAGUCCACUUUGAUCCUGACAGUCCAGAGACCAGUAAGGAGGUCAGCGCUCUGGAGUGUGAAAUCCAGUUGCUGAAAAAUCUGCAUCACGAGCGCAUCGUUCAGUACUACGGCUGUCUGAGGGAUCACAAUGAGAAGACCCUCACUAUUUUCAUGGAGUACAUGCCGGGGGGAUCGGUCAAGGACCAGCUGAAAGCCUAUGGCGCCCUGACAGAAAAUGUGACCCGGAAGUACACGAGACAGAUCCUGGAGGGCAUGUCCUAUCUGCACAGCAACAUGAUCGUACACAGGGACAUCAAAGGUGCCAACAUCCUGCGGGAUUCAGCGGGCAACGUGAAGCUCGGAGAUUUCGGUGCCAGCAAGAGGCUUCAGACCAUCUGCAUGUCUGGCACCGGCAUCCGCUCGGUGACCGGCACCCCCUACUGGAUGAGCCCGGAGGUGAUCAGUGGCGAGGGCUACGGCAGGAAGGCUGAUGUCUGGAGCCUUGGUUGUACAGUGGUGGAGAUGCUGACAGAAAAGCCUCCCUGGGCUGAAUAUGAGGCCAUGGCAGCCAUAUUCAAGAUCGCCACCCAGCCCACAAACCCACUGUUACCCUCGCACACCUCUGACCAGGCACGGGACUUUAUCCGGUGCAUUUUUGUGGAGGCCAAACACAGGCCGAGUGCUGAGGAGCUGCUCAGACAUCCCUUCUCGCAGAUUCUGUGCUGAAACCUGCCUGGUUUCUGAACUUUAACCACAGAGCGGCACAGUAGCCUCAGCAGUAUCUGUAGCUUCCACAACAGAAGACCGGACGUCGAACUGGCCUGGAUGUCAGUGUUAAACCCACUGACCUUCAGCCACCGUGCAGAUGCUUCAAGGGAAGAGUCCGAGUCCACUCACACAAAUCCAAAGAAGCGACAGUUUGACAGCUGCAGUCAACGCAGUGCUUUGAAGACCAAUGCUCAUACAGCAGUCACCACCAGGGGGAAACAAAACACAGGUUAAGUAUCUGGUGGGGUGUUCAUCUCUGUCAGAUACAAACACAUAGAUGCGCCGCACUCCAGCAUCAUUGAGUCAGAGCUCAUGCACCGGUUGUGUCUUUAUAAAGUAUUAACUCCUGUGUUUACAUUCACUUGUUGGGCAGUUUUGAGAAAUGCCAGGAAGCUCCAAGUGUUUGACUUUUAAAUAUUUAGCUGAGCAACAUUUUAAAGCUACAGCAGGCCUAAAGCUCAAGUUUGCUCAGUGGAUGUUGAACUCCACUGGUGCACUACAGUGUUAAUUGGACAAGUUGUUCUCUCUCUUUUUUUCCCAACUUUGGCAACUUUUGCAACUUGCAACUACUUCCUGUUUCUGUUCCUGCUUUGGAACAAAGAAAACUCCACCCUUACAGUUGUAACUCUGUUAAAAGCUAUUUAAGCUACCUGAGAUGCACUUUGCAUCUCUGGCUGCAUGUGUGUGUAGUCUCAGUAAAACACAGAUGGAGUGAUAUCACGUGGAGUUACGUGUAGAGUAGCUACACUGGAGUUUAAUGGAAAAAAAUAAUGUUCAGCUAUAGAAAGCUUCAGUAGUGAAUGAGCUGAUUCAUGUUUUGGUUUCAUCCCCUCAGAAGACAAAGGACAUUGUUUAGCAAUCCAAGCCAAAAACACAAACUUCUCCACUGUCAGUGGUCUCAAUAGACCAUAAUGCACUGCAGCUGCUAGCUCCAGUCUGUGGCUCUCAUGUGUAGUCUUACCAUUACAGGUACAGAUCUAAGUAUUUGUUUCUUUGAAAGAUAAUUACAAAGCGAUCUUUGAAAAGCUCAGGUUGUGUUUGACAACACUUACCAGUGCUCUGAAGGUAUUUCAAGAAUUCUUCAAGAUUUUUUUUUUAACCAUCUGGAUGAAAAAAUAUUCUGUCUGGUGGAUGAUUAAAGAAAAAUAAGAGAGGGAGAUUUUUUAACACGCUUCUUAAGUUGCAACUGUUUUUCUUUUUCAGGUAACUAGAAAUGAUACACACACAUCCUCGCUCUUUUUGUACAACACAAGAAAAAUAUGAACACAUUAUGUAUAAAUUAGGAAAAGACAUGUCAUUUCCAUCCGUCAUCUUUCCUUUGGAUCAGAAAACAGUCGCAACCUGGAAAACAGGUUAAAAUCUUUGUAAUUGUGCAGCAAAGAUAAUAUUUUUUCCUGGCAAUUUUCAAAAAUUGCCAGCAAUUUAUUUUUCAGUGAAACAGGUGCUUCACACUGUGACUUGAAUGUAAUAGUAAUGAAUGAGAGGCACAAACUGGGGCUGUGCAGCUAUUAUACCUCUUCAUCUUUCUCCAAAGAAAAUAAAACUCUCUCCACUGUCACUAUCAUGAGUGCAGUUUUUCCUAAUAUGUUAAAGUAACCAGAUAAGUCUGGAGCUGCUUUAAUGCAUUUUGGAAAAGAAUCAGUGCAAUUCAGUACAGCAUAAAGCAUGAGGAUGUCAUGUAAUAGUAAGAGGAACUGAGUGUGGAUUUUUCCUCUUUAAAGUGACCUUCCUCUGUCUUGUUCGACCUGUUGCUUCAGUGUGACUUAUCCUUCUGCCUGCCAUCUUUCUCCUGCAGCUUCUCUGCAUCACAAGUGUUCUCAGCCUACAAAAUGCCAAAAAGGGACACAUAAAGGACUAUGGUAUGGACAUGGUAUCAGUUAUUUGUGAGAGGGAAGCAGACAGUGCUUUUUAUGGUCAGAAAAAAGUACAAAUUAAAGUCUUUAAUAUGUGACUUUUGUUGCCUUCGCCUAAGAUCAUACUGUCCAUGUGUGUCUCGCCCAAACAUCCCUGACGGAGAAGCCUUAAGGAUCAAUUUUGAAUCAGAUGCACUUUUAUGUGAAAUGAAUGUUUUGUUCUCUUUACCAAAUUUGAUUUAGUUUUUUGUUUUUUGUUUUUUGUUUUUUUACUUCAAAUGUGAAAAAAAAAGAAUUUGUUUCACUUUUAUUUAUAUCCCCAUGUCCAUUCCAAUUAGAUUUUAUAAGCAAAUAUAUAUGUAAAAAUAUAUUUUUUAUAUUUAGACUGUGUCAAAUCGAAUGAUACUUUCAGGACAUAGUGUCGUUAAAAGUAAAUUGUUGAAAGCAGCUGGUUUUGCAGACAUUACAGAAUUGGGGUUUAUAAAUGAAAAAUGGAUGGAAAACGAACUCUGGCGGCCUGGUUCUUGUUCCAGCUCAAAAAAAAAAAUUCCACGCAUCCUUAGCUAUACAUUUAGAUGACAGUAUUACCUGACAGGUUAUGGAAACUCUGCAUCAUUUGGCCAUAGAACUUUGAACAUCUAUGAGGUUUCAUGAAUGAAACCUUUAAAGGAUUAAUUUACAAAAGAAACUGCUGGGAAUAUUUUUGUGUGUGAUCUCAGUGCUAUUAAAACAUAAUUAAAGGGUGUGUGUGAGCCAAAGACGAGCAGGAGUGGAGCCAGUGCUGGAUGUCAGAGUUCGCUCUUCAACCCAGACGACGACUUUGUUUAUCCCAGGGUUCAGACAACGAGUCCAGUAUUAAAUGAUUUUCAGGGCGCAGGGCUUGCUGCUGCCUUAAUGCUAAUACAACAAUAUUUCUGUGGGCUGCUACACGCUAAAGGCAGCUAGAAUAUGUUCAGUGUGGAAAAAGAUGUGGUUCCAAGAAAAAGGGCCCUGGGAUAAGCAAAUGAAAUCAAACUAGUUGGUAGAAAUCUGUAUAUAUAAAUGUAUGAUUAUGUAUCAUGACAGGACUUGCAGUGCAAAGUCUAAUUGUAUCAGAUUUAUUUUACAGCAAAAAAAGAAUAGUAUGUUAAAUGACAGUGUGUGUAUAUAUAUAUAUAUAUUAUAUAUAUAUAUAUAUAUAUAUACACACACACACACACACACACACA